AUGAUGGCGACGAACUACCUGUUCAUUUUCUCCUGCCUUUUGGCAACUUCUUCAAUAAAUGGUGAUAGCUUCAAAUCGAAAAUUGAUCUCUUCAUUGGUGGGUUUUUCGGAGUAAACAUUACAGAAGGAGCGUGGAGCUCCGCAGCUCUGAUCCCAAUAUUGGAAAUGGCGCUUGAUCACGUGAACAACAAUUCCAACAUCUUGGCGGAUUACCAGCUUAAAUUUGUUUGGCGGGAUUCCAAGGUAACCGUCCUGUCUGAUCUUUGUUAAGUUGAGAAGGUUUAGCGGACCUUUAUGAACGUUUCUACAAGAUAUCAAAAUAACACUCAAUUGUUUAAAGUGUCUUACUUUCCCUUUUCAGUGUGAGAGCGGGGCAGGAAUACGUGCUAUGCUCGAACUAGUUAACACACCACCGCACAAGAUCAUUUUCCUGGGUCCUGGAUGUUCGGUAGCAACCACGCCUGUUGCUGAAGCUGCGCCGUAUUGGCAAGCAGUACAAGUAAGUUUACAAAUUUAUCUCUGCCUUCGUCCUGACUCUCCUCCCUAAAGCCCUCGUUCUUCUAUCUAGUUUUAGUAAAAUCCAACUAGUGGUCUAUUAUCAAUGCUGCCUUCUGAUUGCUUGAGCUACUACUAGGCUAUAUAUUAUAGCCCACUAGUAGUGAAAAGCGCCGGCUUUUUGGCGGCAAAAAAGAAUUUAAGUCUAGCUUCAACUAGCUAAAAUGUUUUUGAUUCUCGACAUUUUUGACCAACUAGUUGGAUUUUACUAAAACAAUAGCCUCUGAGUCAAUAGCCCAUUUGGGCUCGAGGAAUAAUUGUUAAAUAGUCAUGCAGUGGCGGAAAAUAUUUUUGUAAGACCGGGCCUCCCGCUUAUCUCAGGGACUGGAUGACCGCCUCUCCCCCCCCCCCUCUAUCUGAAGGUCUGGAUCCGCCGCUGCCAUGUAAGUAAAUCUUGUUAUCUACUGGAUGAGUCACAACUUCCUAGUUUAUUGUACUAUAAAUGUAUUGCCUUUCCUAAACGUCCAUGUGAUAUCUUUUUAAAAUUAAGUAAUGAUCCAGGUAAGAAGGGAAGCAAUUUCUUUUGUUGUGGCGCAAUACGCUUUCCUCACAUAGAAAUGCUUUCAUUUUUACGCAGAGAGUACAUAAAUCUACAAAAAGGCUGUUUACGAAAGAAAAUGUAUUUAAACUCCAUUUUUAAAGGGGGUAUUUUUGUGUUAAAACAUUUCGACCAAUCACAAGAGUUGCAAACAAUGGCCAAGAAAUGUUAACAAUUUUACAUGAUCCGCACAUACGAUUUCUGUGUUACUUAGACUCAGACGAAAUUUUGUUUUAAGGAAGUUGGAUAGAAAAAAAGGGAUUAAUGUACAUGCUGCUUUGCGAAGAUUUCGUAAAAUUUGAUGUUUAAACCAAUCAGAACCUUAGUAGAGACAAUAGUAAAGUUAGCACCUUUUUGCAUUCCAACGUGUUCACUGCGUUUUGGUCCUUUCCUUCUUAUCUGGACCAUUACUUAAACCAGUUGCAAUCAUCGCAAACAGUAUUCCUCAUUAUUUUUUUAAUAAAGUAGUAAUGUCAAAAAGUAAGAUAAGAGCUAAACAAAACUUAAAUUAUUUUUCCUUUUUUUUUUAGAUUGGAUAUAGCACUUCAUCACCAUUAUUUUCAGACAAGAGGAAAUUCCCCCUUUAUUUCAGAACAAGCACUUCAGAAACAAUGGAAAACCCGUCUAGAUUAGCAUUGCUCAAGCACUUCAAAUGGAAAAAGGUUGCUCUUAUUGUGCAAAAUUUGGAUAUUUACGUCUUGGUAAGAAUUGCUAUAAAUUAGUCAUAAAAAGAAUAGGAAUGAAGAACAAUUCUUUAUAAAGUUUGGCUUCGUAUAAACUCAAUAUCGCAAAAAUCAGAUUAUGUUUGAGAACACUUUACUAAGGGGUCACCAUUUCCUGUGUUAUGUGGUGCUAGAAGGUAAAAUAAACUUAACUUCAUUCAUUCACUCAGACCAAAGAAGAUCUCGUUCCGAUGUUAGAGGAAUCAAAUAUCACCAUAAUUGCGACAGCGAGCUUUAAAAACGAUCCUUCUUCAUCGGUGAAGUAUGUGCUUAAGGUAAGAAAACAUUUACUUUCUCUCGCCUUGUCGAUUCCACAUCACUGCAAGAUACUAUUUUCAUUGUCAUUUUUGCUUUGGGUAGAGACCAUUUUGAAUAUGUUUUCAUACACAGCACACCCAGAAAGAGCCUAAAAGAAGUUUUCGCAAAGACCUUUUAGGCCUUGUUAAGUCAUUCCAGCUCCAUAAGUUAGUGAUAGAUUAAUGACCAUGUUGUUCUUUUCGACCUGUUAGAACAGGGAUGCUAGAAUUAUCAUUGGGUUGAUGUACGAGGACAAAUUCAGAAAGGCAAUGUGCACCGUAAGUAUAACAUUUUUUCGGACAAAACGCUUGUUUUUUUUUUUGCCCCCUGCUUACCCGAAAGAGUGAGGUAGUUUUCCAAACCAACUGCAUUCUGGCUUGACGAGUAAUGUCCAGCAGAGUUUGGAAGCGGUAAUAAAUAGAGGGCCAUACGGUCAUAAGUUUUCAAUUUUUAUUUAUUUGGAAAACUGAUUCAGACGUUCGCAUUAAAGUUUUUGAAUAAAUGUUGGUCUAAAAGUAUACUUGCUCAAUAAGCUUUAAUUUGAUGCAGGGUUUAAGUAUAUAAUUGGAACACUAAGCAUUAGUUGCACGUUAGACACUCCAGAAGGUAUCCGGUUUAAAGCAUGUUCCAGGCAUUCAAUUGGGCCAGUUGACCUUGUUAAGUUAAAACACCAAUGUUGAUCUCCCACUUGAUAGAUAUGCCAUGAACAUUUUUAGGCGCUAAGAGGUUGUCAAUGUGAUUUCUUAUCAACAGGCUUACAAAGAAGGACUAUAUGGAAGCAAAUACGUUUGGCUUAUAGUUGGUUGGUACAACGAAGACUGGUGGAAAAAACGAGAUGUAGAAUGUGAGGGAGAACAGCUGAUAGAAGCUGCUGAUAACAUGAUAGAAACUCUGCCAUUACCACUGAGUACGUCACGUAAACCUACCAUUUCAAACAGGGUAAGUACUGGGAGAAACCUGUAGAGCGAAUGUGUUCUUCUGGAAAUGUUCGAUUUCCAAAAAUGCAAAUGUUACAGGUCAGAAUUGAAUUAAGGUUAAAAUUUUUUAACCAAGGUUGAUUCUUAAUUCCCUUUGUCUUCUAGCCCUAAUACAUGAAUAAUUAGGGUUAGGAGACAAACGAAUUUGAGAAUCAACCUUGGUUGAUCAGUUUUAAUAAAAAAUUUUAACCCGAAUUUAAUUUUGACCUAUAACACAAACCUUUUACUUGCUAGCACGAUGACAGAUGAAAAGUGCCACAAAUUCGUGAUGUUCGUCUGGCCAAGCUGUAAUUAAAAGCUGCAUUAUUGUAAGGUUUUCCAAAUUAUGCCGCAUAAUUUUAGGCAUAAAAGGAGACAAAGGUAUGAAGCAUUAUUGUAGAAUAAAAGUACAGUAAACAACAGGAUUUAUCCAUAUAAAAGUACGCCUAGUGGGGACGUGGCUUCCUGUCAUUCAAGGGUCACGUCCUAUCUAGAACAUUGUCAGCUGCUUAACUUAAUUACAAAUUUGAUGUAUUAUAGGUUUGUGUUCAUACUAUAGCGGGCAGCUUUUCGUGACGAAACGAAGAACUAUCCGGCAUAGUGUGAACACCUAUUCGAUCCUCUUAAGCGAUCGGUGCGGCGAAGCUUUGCUCCGUUACAGAAAUCGCGCCGAAAUCACUGUUCUCUUGUGUGAACAGAAGCCCUAUCCGGUAUGGUUUUCGUGCCGGAGCAAAAACUAUCUGGCGUAUUGUGAACAUAACCUACUGAAGUAAGAAUGAUGCUCAUAUCUUUUUUGGUGAAGUAUUGCUUGCUUCUUAGACUGCCGAACAACUGAAAUCAGAGUACAAACAGCGUCUGAGGAGUUUAAACUACACUUACAAUAGUUAUGCUGCCUUUACCUAUGACGCCGCCUGGAGCGUUGCUUUGAUGUUGAAUAAAUCUAUUUCGCUACUGCGAGAAAAGAACAAAACAUUGGAAAACAUGACGUACCGCGAUGUGGAGGGAGCCAGAAUUAUGAGAAAUCUCCUCUUCCAGACAGACUUCUGGGGGAUGUCGGUAUGUACAUUAGCGUAUAUUCAAGUACGGCUAGAAUGGUAAUCCUCCAGUUAUAUUUUUUAUUAUAGCGAUCUGUUUCACUCUUUACAAAUUCGAGUAACAAAAACAAUGGUUGUAAACAUUGAUGUCUCCAAGAUUUAACAGCUUGCCGGCGAAAUUUUACGACUUUUAACCGGGAAGAAAGAGCUAAAAAACACGGGGUCAAUCGGAUUUUUUUAUAAUGAUUAUUAGUCUAUACUGAUGAUGAUUAUUUUUUUCUGUCGUGUAUAUAGUACAGCUAUGGUGAUGUAAGAAGAACUUCGUUGAAUUACCAUAAUAAUAAUAAUAAUAAUAAUAAUAAUAAUAAUAAUAAUAAUAAUAGUAAUAAUAAGAAUGAUAAUUAAUCGUUGUUGUUGUUAUGCUGAUUUCAUCAUUUAAGACAUUUGUCUUUAAACAUAUGUCAAGUCAGGGAUAACCAGAAUAAAUUUAAAGUGUUGGUAAGGUUAAAUGACAGGGAAUUAAACAAUAAACAUAAAGUCUUAAAUUGUUUACAGGGUCAUGUUACGUUCGAUGACAAUGGCAACAGACAAACUCUUGUGCAAAUUACUCAAAACAGAAGUAAGUUGAGGAGAAAAUAAUAGUCUAAAACAGUAACAAGUAGCAUUUUUUGCAUCUCUAUAUUUCUAUUUAAAUGGCUUAGUCAUUUUCAGAUGCGAUCACUCAGCCACCCACUCCCACUCCCCUUCCUCCCUGGGGGUUUGCGGGACAUUUUCUCCAUGAGAGGCUACAAUGCCUCAUAUGCAAAGCUGCAUUUUUUUGUUUUUACUUAGCUUGUUGGGAGAGUCUAUUCUUUUCACGUGUGUUUGUGCGAUACACCAUUCUUAAGCUGCAUUCAUUAGGUAUACCACAGGGGGGUUGCGGAUUUCUGGCGGGUCUUUACGUUUUUUGAAGGGAAAGGGGGGGGGGAAGGUAACAGGUCCUGAAGGCAGCAAGGGGGGAUGCCGGUUUUUUUUAGAUGCCAUUGAAAGAUUAAGUAUUUGUAAUAUUAUUGAUAAACCACUAGACAAGUGGAGGUCCUUAUCUUCUAGUUCAACGAAGGGUGUUUUUAAAAAUGUACUAAACUACAAUGUCCUUUACUUUGUGCAGUAACCAGCUCUCUCUACAUUAUCAUCAUCACCUCUACUGGUAUCCUUCUUUUUAACGUCAUGGAUCGUUGUCAUUCUUAUAAUCAUCAUCAUCAUUGUCAUCAUUAUCAUUAUCAUCAUCAUUAUUAUGAUCAAAAUUAACCCUCUUUUCUCACUGUUACAGCCCAUCGUCGUACUCGUACUCGGGUAAUUAAAAGCCCCGUGAGGCUGGACCUGUGAGAGUAAAAUAAAUUAUUUAGAUUAAACGUCACGUGUCUUCCUUGCUAGUCGCUCGUAGAUUUGUGAGUCGGGUUCCCGGGCAGUAAAUCAACCUGUUACAAAUCGAUGUAUUGUAAAUCGAGCGGAUUAAAGUUGUGUUCAAGCGUUCAAGUUUGUAUUUGAUCACUUCCUUAACACUCACUAUCAAAGCUUUUAAAGUUAUGAUUAAGUCCUAAACUUCUAUGUUCGCAAGUUUUAAAUCAUCUUUCACAGCUUAGAAGGAGUGAAAAUGAUCAGUAAUAUUGGCUUUGUUACUCUGCAGUUACCCUGCAAUCAGAAUGAUAUACUUGACUACAGGUCGAGCACGGUUCUAUAAUAAAAAGUGAUCACAUGCAAAUUCCCAUCAAGUUGGUGCCAAAUCUUUAGAGAGCUUGUUUGAGUUUUAUUAAGUAUGGAAUUUGUUAGGAUGGAAAUUUCUUAACAUUGCGGGGCCAUUAUUGGCCGUUUUCACACUAAGGCGGAUUAUCCGUCUGAGACGGAUAACCUAUCUUCAAAAUCCGUCAAAAUUGACGGAUAAACAGAUGGAUUAAUUCAUACGGCGCGUUCAUCCAAGUUAAAAGCCGUUCCGUUUUCAAAUUAAGACUUAUUUUCUGCCUGACGUGAAUUUCUAACGGAUUACCCGUCUCAGACGGAUAAUCCGUCUCUAGUGUGAAAAUGGCCAUUGUGUCAACACAUAUUCAUGGUACAUUUAUUGGGCUCCUCUAUGAAGAGUUCAGAGUUUAUUUUAAUAAAAACUAGUAUUUUCCUCUUUUAUAUGAUGAAUUUUGUAUUUGGAAGAUGCAGGAAGACGCCAUCUGUAUCCACUCCUGACAAGAUUUUAUUUCUUUACUUGAAUUUUUUUAGGAGGAAGUAAGAAAGUUGUUGCAACUUUUGAUGUCCUUGAAAAGAAAUUGAAGAUUUAUAACGACAGUUUUGAGUGGGAAGGUAAGAAUUAACUGUUUUGAAAAUUAAACAGAAGCAUUUGUAUCAAAUGUGGUAACGAAGGGCCUGAUUAUUACAAAAGUCAAGUCAUCGAUUAUCAGAGGCCUUAUCGCCUUAUCUACUAGCAAAAAAUUAUCAGAUCUUGUCAAUGCUUUCGUGGUUCAUUGUGACCGUUGUAAAGAUGGUAGCUUUUUUUCCCUCUUACACGACCCAGUUUUCUGGGGAAACGCUGCUUUGAAUGGCCUCGUUAUAAAAAAGGUCGGCGAAAUAGAAGUCUCAGUAAAAAGGGUUGCCGAUAAAACCAAGAACUCAGAGGACCGCGGGCCAAUUUAGAACUUUCAGGAAAAAUAAGAAUAAUGAUAAAAUAAAAUAAUAUGUAAAAGGUUGUUUAAAAAAUGAGCUUGAAUGGGAACUCUGUUUGUGUUUGAUAGGAGGUCGAGUUCCUGUAGACGGUAUUACAAUCAUUCAGACGCUUUCUCAGGACAGUCCAGGUGUAACCACUGUUUUCUAUGUGUUGGCCUGUGUCGGAGUAUUGUUCUGUCUGGGUUGUUUGCUUCUUAACUUCAUCUAUCGAAAACACAGGUAAGUAUCUAAGAAAGGCAGGCGACUGACUCACGAACAGAGCUAAAGGAAAAUCAAAGGUUGUUUAAAAAAAGAUUGUAUACAAAAUUAUCUGUUUAUUGGUGUGUAAAGCAGCAAAGUGACGAAUUUAGAAGAGGGCUUAUGACAUUGUCAAUGAUGGGGAUUUCUACAAUAUCGUAUUUAGUUCUUGGUGUUUAAGUCAUGAACACUUAGGAAAAGGAUUCUUGUGUGACAGAUAUUGCCGAUUCUAUUUCUAUUUUGUCAUUGUAAGUCAACAUCCGCCCUGUUUACGAAAACCUAGUCUAUGAGGGGUACGCCAAGAGAGGUUUUAUGCAACUCUCGAGCAGGAGAUUGCCGUAAAGUCGCAGCAGAUAUCAAGAACGGUUCAAAACAGCGGCGUUGAAUCAAAAACUGAUCGUCUGAAAUUUUUCUUGACGGGUACACAGUAGAUACAGACAAAUCCCUAACAAGUAUCAACCUGUGGUGCAGAAACAACAAGCUGACCACACAUACAGUGAAGUCAGAAGUCGUGAUUUUGACUCAUAAACCCUUCUGUGGACCACUAAAGCCUGUUAUGUUAGGAAACAAGGUCUUAGAUUUUGGGACUGAAACUAAGUGUUUAGGAAUUAUUAUUGACAAUCAGUUGACUUGGCUUAGCCAUAUUGAAUUAAUUUGUAGCUCCUUUUCAGAAAGUAAAUAAAUCAGCUAAAAGGGCUCAAAUAUUUAACAACGGAUACCUUACAGUCUAUUUAUUGUACAAGUAUUAUACCCACCGUCACUUAUUGCAAUUUAGUUUGGGGUACCUGCUCACCUACAUUAUUGCAUGAAGUGGAGAAUAUCCACGCCAGGGCAGCCAAGAUUAUCUAUAGGCUAUCUGAUGUUAGCAACCGAGAAGCUUUAAUAAUAGCAGGAUGGGAAUCGAUUAAUUCCAUGUAUAAGAGAAAGUUACUGACUUUUAUGUAUCAAGUUUACAAAUCUGAGCUACCAGAUAACGUAAUUAGGCUUUUUAGUAGUAGCAAUUGCUGUUAUGAUCUAGAGGAGGGCAGGAAUUCAUUAAGGUGUAGGGGAACUUUCUUCUGGAACUCCAUUCCAGACAAUUUAAAAAGAGCACCAAGCCUAAAUAUUUUUUAAAAAGCUUCUCAAGAAAAAUAGACCCUUGUUUGACAAUAUAAAUUUCCACAAGAUGAAAUAGUAUUUUAGUUGUUCUUAACUUUUAGUCUUCUAUCUUACUACUGUAUAUUUAUUCUUUUUUAUACCUAUUUUCUGUAUAUAUAUUUUUUAUUUGUAUAUCAUCAACAGAUGGUUUAUCAGCAGGUCCACACCAGCUUUAGCUGCCUUUUAACUUGACCUGCCUUACCAAAUAAACUAUGAAUGAAUGAACGAAGGAAUACUUAAACGGUCUCUCUGUUUGGUUUGGUGAAAGACAUCCACUAUGGACGAAUUUUGCUAUUGCCAAGAUUACUUGGUAAACUGUAAAAUUUAUUUAUUUUUGUUCUCUGUAGGUACAUAAGAAUGUCGUCUCCAAAGUUCAACAAUUUAACUGUAGUUGGGUGCCUGCUGUGUUAUGUGGAAGUGCUUAUCUCAGCGUACAGUAGCUCGUCGUCAGCAACGCAAGAUUCUUCCUUAUGUUAUGUAAGGUACCUUUUUUGUAUACCACUCAUGUAAAAAACCGGUUUGAUUCUUUAUGAUCACUAAAUUAAAUACUGAACCCUUUUUGAUAGCAGAAGAAUGGCGUGAUGUACUUUCUUAAAACAGAUUGUGAUUUGGGCUUAGCUCGAGAUUUUCAUCAUCUUCUGUUUUAUUUGUACUUUUAACGGAUGGUUAGAUGACUUUUUGCACAUCUAUAUGUAAAUGAUGUUUACUGUAAGUUCUUUAUUUUAAUAUCCUUAGAUAAGUACCUGGUUGCUUUCGACUGGUUUCACUCUAGCUUUUGGCGGCAUUUUUGUUAAAACCUGGAGGGUUUACAAGAUUUUCACCAACAACCAGAUGAAAAGAGAGGUACGAAAAGAUGUUUCAGCGUUGUUUGUUUAAGCGGUGAUGACGGAUCUCAGGGUGGGGCCCAAGGGACCGCUCCCUCCAUACUUUUUGGUCAAAGUGAGGCCCGCAGAGCCAAGAACGAUUAUUUCAUUUUCGAGGCCAGGACGCUCACUGACUUAAUGAUCCGAAUCCGUCACUGCUAAGGACAUUUGAAUUACACCGUCAUGAUUGAUCUUUGUAGUAACAGUUAUCGCUGUGGUUUUCAUUAACGUCAUUGGAGAGGACGAGCAUCACAUUACGGCAGAGAUACUCAUACGAUCGCUAAUGUACAAUAAAUUCAUCUCUAAUUUUUUUCAUGAACGUGAAAUCUUCGUGUAAUAAACGGCCAGUGAGCAGCGGCGAGAGCAUUUAACAACGAGAAAAUGUUGUCAAUGCCGUUGCUGCUACGUAAACCUGAUCACAAAACCCUUUACUGACGUUACUGUUAUAACCGGUAGCUAAAUCAGACGUAACCGUCAUUCAGUCACAUGUAACAUAAUUGUAAUCCUGGAUACUCUCAUGAUUAGAAUAAUGUUUUCACAUCUUUUUUCAGAUCGGCAAAUUGAGCAACGUGAGCCUUCUACUCAGACUGUGUGCUGGAUGGCUUAUAGAGGUUAUAAUUCUGUCGGUUUGGGCUGCCAUUGAUCCAUUUAGUAUCAAGCUUCAGCAGAUUGGCGAAGAAGUAAGCAAAAAAGAUCUCCAUCAACUUUUAUAACCCUUUUUUGAUCAAGAGUGUCCUACAGUUUUUUGUACUCAUCUUUCUACUCCUUUUAAUGAUAUUUUUAACAGGUUUAUGUCGACGGCGAUGACGUCGAAGAACAGUUACAGAUUUAUCGAUGCACUUCUCGAUAUCACAUGACAUGGGUGAUGUCGAUUUGCUCUUUGAAAGGAGUUCUGUUAAUAUUUGGAGUAUUUCUGGCCUGGGAAACAAGAAACGUCCAUUAUCCCGCGCUUAAUGAUUCAAAAAACAUUGGUUUGGCUGUGUAUAACGUGUUCAUGUUCUCUUGCUUGGCUCUUGUGGUUGUAUUUGUAGUUACAUACCCUCCUCUUGAGAUUCUGGUCAUUAGAUCAAUUGUCUUGGUGGGAGCAACGUCUACAAUUUGUUUCUUGUUUGUCCCAAAGGUGAGAUACUUUUUUUCUAAAUAUCAUUACCGUUGUGAGUCAUCAUACUGCUUGGUUAACCUUUUUGCAAUAACAAUUUUGUCAUUUCAUCCAAGGAAGAACAGUAUGCAACUAGCUACUAAGGGCGUUUGGGAUCAAAUUCAGAAAUUAGGGCUGGUAUUUCAACAUAAUUGCUUUAGAACUUUUAGAAGUGUUUCUUUCUUACUUAUUCUAAAAUCUAUAUUUAAUCAGUUUUCCUAGUUCUUGGGGGAUACUGUUCCAUAUUUUAGCGCCUGGUCCAGAAAAAGAUUUCUCCGUAAAUCUUCAAUUAACCUCCCCCUCUCAGUCUCUCUCUAAUAAGCCCUCCCCUGUUCAGGCGAGGAAAGUAAGCCCCCCUCUCCUGACGGUAGAAUGUUGGCUGGUCAAAUUUAGAAACAAUAAGAGUGACGCCUCCCGAUUGAAAGUCCGACCCGCUUACUCGGCCACGCUCCCUCUUUACUAUUUUGCAAGUCGCCACUAAAAAGUAAAUAAUAUAUAGACUUAGCUAAGGUUGAAAGUGAAGGGUCCAUUUUUUCUAUGCAAAGAAAUUCAGAAAUUUAUACGUAACCACUUUUAAACGAAAAAAACAAAAUUAUGAAUUAAAUUCGGUCACAGUGAUAGUCUUGGAAAAGAAUUCUUACCCAUAAGCGUACAUCACUGACACGCCCCUCCCCCCCACCCAACACACCCCUUUGAGAAGCUAAUAGCCCCUGUUUUAUAAAGGCUGGUUGAUAUUCAGAUACCCAAAUAGGUAAUUUAAGCCUUUGCGACACCUUGUUCGACGAACAUCGAAAUAAACAAUUCAAUUUUUAAAAAAAGAAAAAGAAACUUACAGCAGUUGUAUUUCACUUUAUGGCGGCAGAACAAGAACACGAGAAUUUUAAAACUUAACUGAAAGGCUUCAGUCGUUGGCAAACAAAUUUAUAGAUGACGUUUUCACGCAUGAGUUCACCUGUCAAAAGUUUGCCCAAGUGGGAGGGGGAGAAGAAUUGUUCCUGGAGUGUGACCAAAAGCGUGACCAAGCAAAAAUAUAGAGUUAGAAAUUUACCUCCGAACAUUUUGCCGUAAUUCGAAGACAAUAAACUUCAAUCUAGUAUUUCACUCGAGCAACUCCGUUGGUUCCCCCCCAAAUGGUUAAUUUUGCGCCAAACGCAACGCAACGUACAUGUCUGGGACUCCCUUCUCUACUCUACUGAGUUUUUUUACUCCGACUCCCAGAGUCUGUACGGGCAGAUGGGUGGGCGCACGCUGACGUCAUAACCAAAUUUUCUGGCAUCAAUAGGUUUAAAGAUGAUGACAACGUGUAUCGCUUUUUUAGAACAAUAUUUCGGCUGGCCAUCCCAGUCUUCUUGAGGUUUACAGAUGUUUUUUGUUCUUAAUAUUUUAGCUGAUUGUGGCAGCGAGUGUGGCCGAGUGGUAAACCCUUCAAACUCUAGAUCUGGAGGUCCAGGGCUCCAGCCUCGCCCAUCGCGUUGUUUCCUUAGGCAAUGAACUUUACUCCACUUUGUCUCUCCCCACCCAGGUGUAUAAAUGGGUACCAGCGAUAUAGUGCCGGGGGUAACCCUGCGAUGGACUAGCAUCCCGUUCAGGGGGUAGUAAGAAUACUGCUAGGUGUUUCAUGCUAAUGAAACCGGGAUAAGCUCUGGCCGUUUGGGCCUUUCGCUCAUGGCGCCUUUACCUUUAUUUUAGCUGACUAGGUCCCUUUUCUAGAAACCCAAGAUUGACAACCAGCAGGAUCUUCGUCCAUAGUUUUUGCAUUUAAUUUCUUAAUCGAUAGGUUUCCAUUUUCUGUAGCUAUGAGGCAUCGCUGCUCAUGCUUCGUUAUAAUUUAACUUAUAAUUGCGUUAUUUCGCAGAUCCUCCAUCUUCAUAGAAAUAACAAGGUGGAUUGUACGCAGGAGCCGAGCCGAAGUCAAUUUGCAACCGCAGAAGCAACGUGCAAUAAUUCCAGCAUGAGAAUAGAAACUUAUAGAAGCAAGAACUCAAUGUUUUCCCUAGAACAAGUCCAGACGAGCCAGAGUUGAAUAAGGACCGCUCAAUCUACCGCAGAUUGAAACACAGCCACUAAAUAAGAAUCAAGAGUAUAAGAAAGAACGAGACUGUCCCUGGAAAAAGUGGUAAACUCGGGAGUCAAAGACAAGAGUAGCAAAAAUGUUAGAAAUUUGUAAAAUAAGAAGUUAGAAAAAAAAACAGAUGAAAUACCGCUUCUUUCAGAACUGUAUCACUUAUAAUGAGGUGGCUGAUUAUCUCACAGAAAAAACAUGGUAUCCUUUCGGCCACAUGACUGUAAAUACCACUCGCACACAUGAAAUGCUGUUGAAUGUUGAAACGCUUUGUCAGACGCCAUUUUGAAACUGGUGUAGAAGGGAGUUAUGGGUAUGCAAAGAACUGAAUUAUCUAGGCACUUACGGAAAGCUUGCACACAUAGAGACCCUGUACUUACCUUAAUAUACGAGUACAAGGUCUCGACCUUGGAUACCGGGACUGGUAUCGUGCCCGAAUUCUGGCCUUCAAGCAAUGACAUCCAACUUGGGUCACACUAAUCUGGAACUUUCCUUUCUCUCUAUCGUUGUUGUUUUGUAAUGAUUUUGCGGUGGAAUCGUCCAAUUUCGAGGCCAACAUUCAAAGGAAGAGCCUGGGGAAAAAGACCUCGCUGGCAACAUGUAACGUUCUUCAACUGACCCAAAUUUUAAAGUCAUGAAUUAUUCGUAGUUAUACAACAAAGUCGAGUGUUCACGUUAGUGUCCAUCGAGCACCGUAUUCACAUGGUUGAAAUGAGUAGUCAUAGAGGGAUGAACUUAACCGGAUUAAUGCCUUCCCCUUCCUCCCGUAUGCCUUCCCUUUAUUAAUAUAUACAAGUGUCUUCCUGCAUACUAAUUUAGUGCCUUCCUCCAUACUAAUAAGUGCCUUCCUCUAUUUAUAAUGAAGUGGAUAGUCGUUUCUUUUCUUUUGAAGAACACAAUAGGCACAACAGGCUUGCCCGUUAAGUAACUUGAGCCCGGUUUUCGGACCGUCUACUAAAAGGAAAAUAGGAAUAAGAGAAGCGAUCACCUAGCAACGCGAGAAACGGCUUCCUAUAUCUUAUUUAGCGCUAAAACUCAGAUAUAUAAGAAAAACACAUACACAAAGUAGAACUGAAAACUCUCUAUUUCAAUUUUGUCUGACGUUUUCUCCUAUCUCGAGGAAAUGAAAAACUAUCACAGUCUCAGCGUUUCACGCACCGUUAGUCAGUUAAUUAUGCGAGUUCGCAAGCCCAAAGUUGAAUACAAAUUAGUUCUACAGGAAAGACCCAAGGGAGCACCUUGACGAAUUAUUAUAUAAACAAUUUUAAAUAACUUAACAAGGAUCAAUUAAAACAAGCGACUAAUAAUUACUAGCAAUAAAACCACAAGAGAGAUACCGUUUUAAAAACUUCAUUAAAAAACAAUGACAAAAAGGGUCAAAUACACAGCAAUUUGUAAGGAAUGGAAAUCAAUUAAUCUUCAUCUUCUUCGCCCGUGGGGUAUUUGUAAGGUUUGAAUUUCUUAUGCCGAAGUUUCCUUAGCCUGAGAUCAUGCCCUCUCCCUAUUAUCCCUUUAAGGGCCUGUUUACAUGGAGUGGGGGAACCCGGUCUAGUGGGGUAAGUUUCUUUUGUUUUCACGCUCUGGGGGACACAAAACAAAAGAAACUUACCCCACUAGACCGGGGUCCCCCACUCCAUGUAAACAGGGUCUAAGUCUCUCACGGGAAGAGGGCAUGAUACAUUUCUUUGUCGGAUCACAUGUAAAAAAGCCAGAAUCUGGACUUUUUUCUGAUUGGAUAGGAAACAAUACGGAUGAUUUGCGCUGUUCUAAUUGGCCAAAAUGCCGCCAUCCGUUCGUUGUUGUUGAUUUCAGUCUGCAUUUUUGCUUGCGUCAUGAGCAGUGAAUACACACGCGAGUUCGUUAUAAAAUUUCUGCCGGCUCAGUUUUCUUAAAUUUGAAGAACACCUAAAUAGAAAUUUCACCCAUUGACAUAUUUUCCAUCUCAUCGUAUACUAAAAAGUUGCAGUCAAAAAUUCACCGAUCAUUUGAAUGCAAUUUGAUACCGGCUACAAGUUACAGAAGCGACAAACGGGUUCACUUUUCAAAUAAUCAAUUCAUGAAUAGAAUCUUGACCUGGUUUGACUGUAAUUCCUCCUUCAGAAACCUACGAAUUAUUCUGAGCCAGUCUUCGCUUUCACAACACCUUUCAGUUCGUAAAAUAUGGUGCUUCAGCCUAAUUUUUUUUUUCACUGCUUUCGGCACAGAACGAAGUCAACGAGCUUUAACCAGUAAAUUCUUUAUUAUUUGUAGCUGUUAAAUAAAGGUAGGCAGCUCCAGCUAGCAGUAUUUGAACACAUUUAAAAUUUCUUUUAGGAAGCGCCAUCUGAACAUGGACGCACUUAAAAUAAAGUUUUUAAAACGAUAUCUCUCUUGUGGUUUUAUUGCUAGCAAUUAUUAGUCGCGUGUUUUAAUUGAUCCUUGUUAAGUUACUUAAAAUUUUUUGUAUAAUAAUAUGUCAAGGAGCUCCCUUGGGUCUUUCCUGUAGAGCUAAUUUGUAUUCAACUUUGGGCUUGCGAGCUCGCAUAAUUAACUGACUAACGGUGCCUGAAACGCUGAGACUGUGAUAGUUUUUCAUUUCCUCGAGAUAAAUCAGGGUAAGUUCAUCCCUCUAUGACUACUGAAAUAGGUAAACAAACCAACUGCACAAAAAGGGGGGAAAGGUUUAGUGCUAAGAAAAAUGCUUUGUGUUCAGAAUGCUCAUCGUCAUUUGCUGGCAUGUGCACACGAAUCCGUUUACACUUUGAAUUGAAAAUGCAUAGCUGUAUGCACAAGCAUGACUUAAUAUUUAUGCCUUGACGGACUAGAGAACUUUUACAAUAAUUUUUAUUGUUUACGUGUUGACGGAAGUCGGAGGUUUCCGUCCGAGAACACAAAAGGGCCAUUUCCCAACCUUCUUGACCGAAAAAGCUCGGCCAACAAAGAUUUGUCACAAACUAUAUCAUAUGGCAAUUUUUUGCGACAAUAAAGAGAGCUGAAUCAAACAAACUAAUCACAACAUAGGAUUUACAUCAUCUCCCGGCGACUGCUUCUGCUAAAUUCACCAGCUUUUUGAUUAAAAGUUCCCCCGCCAAGGUCCUGUCCAUAACUGUCCUUGUCCUUUUGAAAGUCAAUUUCUCAUCGCAUUCUGUUAUUUGUUUUUUUAAAAGAACAAAAAAUGUGAAAUAUUCUUAUUCCGCACGAGGUUAGAUAAUGACAUGUAUUCGUUAUCAAAAAUAUCACUUUUCAGAUGACUAAGGAAAGCCAGCAUUUUCACUGGCAAGAAUUUCCUUUCUUAAUACUAGAGUACAAAUGCGAUGGUAAGCUGAAGGUGAACCAACUAACUUCUACACGGUUCUCGAACUUGUGAGAUAUAACAAAUCUGAAAUAAUGUUUUUUUGGCAGGGUAAAAAGAAGCAAUAAAAGAUAAAGUUGUAAGGAAAUUUUCAGACACUGAUGAAUACUUGAUUUCAGUUUAAUAUGUUCUUUUCGUGCUAUUAAUCAAUUUUAAAAUAAAAGUUUAUGUUAAAAUAAAAUAGCUAGAAAAGGAGCCCGCCUGAGCAAUCUCGAGGUUUUCACAAAUCCUCUUUCGACAACACCCUUUGAUUCCAUCCGCUACAAGAUGAUCUUUUUAUCUCCAUAUUUUAGCAACUCCAAAGCCAACAUCCGAUCAAGUUGUUUCAAACUGUGAAUCUCCAAUGGUUAUUUUAAUAUUCAUGUUGGUUGCCAAUUCCAGAAAGUUAGCCCUCAGGGUUUUAAAGAACCUCUUAUCCAAUAAAUUAGGCCCUCCAGGACUGUGAGUGUUUGUCCGCCAAAUGACUCUAGAAGUUGCAUAUCGUAGAAACAUUCACACAAAUUGCACAAUUCCUAGAUGGCGUUGAGCAGGUAAUCAAAUUAAAGUAAAGACGUUUGGAUUUAUUUUUAUGCACUUUUUAAAUAUCCACAAGCUAAUUAGGCAAGAUAUUUCUAGGGUGGGAAAUUUAGGCGCAAUGUUGGUGCCUGUCUCAGGCGCAAUUUCAUGCCAUCUUAAAGAAAUGAAGUAUUUACAUAUUUAGUUCCUUAUUUGCUAAAGUAAAAAAUCAAAACAUACUACGUCAAAUACAUCCUUCGAGCUGCAGAAAAAAAGACGCCUUUGCCUAUAAAGUUAAGAUUAUUUGAAACACAUGUACAUCAACAUAGCCGGAUUUCAGGAUGUCGUCAGGAAUCAGACAAAUUGACAAAAAGUGUACUUAUGAAGAGAUGAAUAAAAUGUAAAAUGACAAGCUGUUAACAAUGGUUUAUUUUUUCCUGAAAGCAGCUGCCACCAGAAAAAUAAAAUAAAAUAUGAGUGGUCCCUGCAUUAAAAAUACAUAUGCAUGUAGCCUUGGAGGUUCUCGAGGUCUUAAUAAGGUGGGUAAUGCAUCUAUUCACCUUGCUAUCACAACUAAUGAGAGUUUAAACCCUGGCUUUAGUUGGCUUUUCACACUUAUCUUUCACCUUCGAUUCUCGUGGUUUCUUAAAAAAAAUGUGAAACAAAGAUCUGUAUUACACCCGUCAAUUUUAUUUUUCUAGACUUUAAAGGUUCCUGUGUAUAUUUUUGGAAUCCCAGGUCAUUGUAUGAUCAAGGAGUAUCACUGAACUCAGCGAUCACCGAUGGAAAUUUAGAAACCAACCUCAACGUAUCAUUUAUUAGCACGAGAGAAAACCAGAGGGUAUUUCUUAGGUUUGUGACAUAUUUCCUUCGGUCCAUUCUGACAGUAAUAAGGAUACCAUUCAAAAAACUCAAAUCUAGAUUAAAAAUUGACGUAUUAUGAGGGUAAGAUUACUAAAAAUCAAAUAUUUAACUCAGGCAAAUAUGGCGAGGUACAUCACUUUUGUUAUCUGCUUUCUUUGGUCGACGUCUAUGACUAUAACGGACAACUCCUCGUCAAGAAUUGACCUGGUAAUUGGUGGAUUCUUUGGAGUCAACAUAACCGGUGGCGGCUGGAGUACAGCUUCUGCUAUCCCCGCGUUUGAAAUGGCGCUCGAUCACGUGAACAGUGAUCCAAAUGUUCUGACAAACUACAAGCUCAAAUAUGUAUGGCGUGAUUCUAAGGUAAGAAAAACGCCUUAUAAAAUUGAAAGGGACAAGUUUAAUGAUUUAGCCCAGAUUAUGCACUUUUGGAACAUAGCUAGGAUUUUUCAAAAGACUCCCAGGGUACUUACCAGAUUGUCAAAAUCCAGGCUGUGUUUUAGUAAAAAUGACAUCCAUUCGGGAGUUUAAGAUACCACGACGGUGACGGCCACGAAAAAGUGAAUUUGCGUUCUUUCAAUCACUUUUACCUCAAUUAACUCUGUCAAAUGCAAGCGAACUCUUUUGAGCCGAAUUCCUAAGAACCAUAUUCAACUUCAGAAAGAGAAAGAAAGUGCAGCCGUCGCUUGUUUACGCCCCCCAUAAAACGUGAAAUUAGGCAUUUUCAUUUCUCAUUUCAUUUCGUUUAUUGGUUUAUUCAAAUAUUUACAAUUUUAUUUUUUCACUGCCCGCAAAUAGCAAAGGCUAGUCUAGGUGGGCAGUGUUUAUAUAAAACAAAAUAAGCACUCCAAAUGGUAUUAUAUUAAAUUAACAGAUCAACAAAAGUCAUUUAAGCUUAUAUAAAUAUAUUAAGUUGUACAAAAGGCAAGGAACAGAAGAAAGGUUACGUUAAAAACAAAGCUGAGAUUAACUGGAGUACAGAAUAUAAGUCAGAAGCUUACAAGUACACUAUUAAGAUGAUUGCAAGAUAGCAAGUGCGUAAAGCACUGACGAUUCUGAACAUGUCUCAUUUGUCCUAAUAAGGUUGGUAGAUCAGGAUAGUGGUUUGUUUGUGAAAGGAUUUGAAGUAAGCAGCCAUGUAUUUUCUUUUUGUAGCGUUGUUUUGGGAGAUUUCUAAUAGUCGGAGGUAUACAAUUCAAAAUUUUGGCCCGCAAAAUAUUUCUCGUCGUAGCUCAUGCAGUGACGGCAAGAAAUGUACAAAAAAUGGAAAUAUUGUCACCGGAAACAACCUGUGGAAAAUUUGGAUGUAAGAAGUUCGAGAUAUCAUUAUUCAAAGAAAGCGGGUGGGGGGGGGGGUGUCAUGGGCACCCCAGGACCCCUCCUAGCUACGUCCCUGCAGUUGUCAGAGAAAAUGAAUACGUUCUUCACUUUAUUGAUGAACAAGGGCUGUUUUCAAAGGGUAUCCUUAGAGAAACAUUAAAUUCUGCAAGCAGAACACUGCAAUGCUGAUCGUACUUUGCAAGACAUCAAUCCGACACCGAAAGAACCCAAAACAGAGCGGGAUUGUAGCAAUAGACAGCUGUUUCCUCAUUGAGAGACGCCUUUUAAAAUUAUGUAUAUGCACAGCAACUUAAGACAUGGGGUAAAAACACUUCUUUUGGAUUUUGAAUAAGUAGUAAAUCUUGAUGACACUGUCUUUUUGAACAAGGGCAAAAUUUCGAUCUUCUAGCUUUAUUUUUUAGUGUGAAAGUGGAGUGGCCAUCCGAGCUAUGUUAGACUUGAUCAACACACCACCGCACAAGAUUGUUUUCUUGGGACCUGGAUGCUCGAUAGCAACCAAGCCUAUUGCCGAAGCCGCGUCUUACUGGCAAGCAGUGCAAGUAAGUGUUCGUAACAAAUCAAACAAAAUAGUAAGCAAAAAAAAUGAAAAACAAGAAGCAAAUAAAACAAACAAUAAAAACAAUGAAACAAGUGAGCUGUAGAAAAAAGAAAACAACAACAACAACAACAAAAAAAACAAUCAAAACACAACAAAGAGGAGUCCGUUUGUUUUCUCGCAUUUUACUGGAGAGCGAGCAUCAGCCGGAGGCAGCACGCAGUUUUUUUUCUGUCAAUGGUAAAACUCCAAAUUUCUUCCCCGAUGUCAGAAGACAGGCAUGUCAGUGAUAAUUUAAUAAGAACUAGUCCAGGGGGGAGGAGGUUGAAAGUGUCAAGGGGACAAUUUGCUUGAUUUAGACUCUCUCUGCCAGAUACUUUCUUUGAGACAUGAGAUGUUAUCAGGUUUCUCUUUGUUUCAGAUUGGGUACAGCACUUCUUCACCAUCGUUAUCAAAUAAAGAGAAGUAUCCCCUUUAUUUCAGAACAAGUACUUCAGAAAUAAUAGAAAACCCAGCUAGAGUAGCGCUACUCAAGCACUUUAAAUGGAAAAGGGUAGCUCUCAUUGUACAGCAAGCGGACAUUUUCGAGUUGGUAAUUACAAAAGGAAGUCUAAUAUUCAUUAGGUACUUGGAAUGAACGAUGUGAAAAGUUUGGCUGCUUUUCGUUUUUGUUUGACUAGAAGAGAGAAUUGUGUGAUUUUGUCGAAUUUAAGUGUAAUCGCAUAAUAAUCUAUAAUCACAAAAUUAAAUUUGCCCGUAACUUCAAAACAUUAAGCCCAUCUAAACAGCUCGUAAGAAGAUCAAAUUUUGCGACCGUUAAAUACUUCUACAUCAGUACUUUAUUGCUUCUACAUCAUAGCUAUUUUUCUGAAGCAUUCUCAUUGUGGUUGGUUUCACAAGUGGUUAUAGCUUUUGAUAUCUGGUUUAAUGGAGCACUACCAUGUAAUGGUGGAAGUGCCUUUCUGUGCCUCAGUGCAUUGCAUUGCACAUCAAUUCGACCAUUCAGGAGGAAAGCUAAGGAAAGAUCUAACCAUUUUUAAAUGAUUGAAAAAUCUUCUUGAAAUCUUCCUUAACCCCAAGUGGAGCUUGAGUUGAGCAUCAAGAAAGAAUCGAAAAAAUUCAAGGUCAUGGUUAUUGAAGAAAAAUGUCCUUGAUUCCUGAAUUCACAAGGCGGGCAAGGACACAAUAAUUUCUAUUUUGAUUCCUAAAGGCCCCGUUGGAAGGUGGUGCGAUUAGCGACGAAAUUUUAUGCAUGUUUUUAACAACUCAACUUCUUUUGUUAUGCACAGACGGUAGAUGACUUUAUCCCGAUGUUGAGGGAAUCGAACAUCACUGUAAUAGCAACAGAAACCUUCCAAAACGAUCCAUCUUCGUCGGUUAAAUAUCUUCUGAAGGUAAAAUGA